UCUUUCUUUUUUAACCAGCCGUCUGUCACUUUUUUUUCUCUCCCUUACCGUGGAUCAUUUUUGUGUGGACAUUACCGCGGAAUGGGAACAGCUGGAUUUAAUCUUUUGCACAACUACACUGCAUGAAUGUGUCGCGUAAUGCAACCGAGAAGAGCUGCCUUCGUUGGGAGAGGGGAAGAUAUUCAUGUUUCGGGACUGUUUUUGUUAUAGAGUAGCUAGUUGCUAGCGCUGGCUGGCUAGCGACUGUUCAAGGCUACUUGGAUCAUAUUGGUGUUGUGUGUUUUUUUUUUUUUUUUUGUAAGGAUGCUACGGUGGAUACGACAGCAGCUGGGCUUUGAUCCCCCCCAUCAGAGUGACACCAGGACGGUUUACGUGGCAAACCGUUUCCCCCAGCAUGGCCUCUACACACCACAACGUUUUGCUGAGAACAGAAUCAUCUCAUCCAAGUACACAAUUUGGAAUUUUGUCCCCAAGAAUCUGUUUGAGCAGUUCAGGAGAAUAGCCAACUUCUAUUUUCUCAUUAUCUUCCUUGUACAGUUAAUGAUAGACACCCCGACCUCCCCAGUCACCAGCGGUCUGCCUCUCUUCUUUGUGAUCACAGUAACUGCCAUAAAACAGGGCUACGAGGACUGGCUGAGACACAAGGCUGACAAUGAGGUGAACGGGGCUCCAGUCUUUGUGGUUCGCAGUGGAAGUCUGGUCCAGACAAGAUCCAAGAAUAUCAGGGUGGGGGACAUAGUGCGUGUGGCUAAAGAUGAGACGUUCCCAGUUGACCUGGUGUUGCUGUCCUCGGACCGUGCAGAUGGCACCUGUCACAUCACCACGGCCAGCCUCGAUGGGGAGACCAAUCUUAAGACCCACUUCUCUGUGGCGGAGACAUCAGUUUGUCAGUCUGUUUCCAAACUGGAGGCCCUGCAGGCUGUGGUGGAAUGUCAACAACCAGACGCUGACCUGUACAGGUUUGUUGGUCGGAUGACAGUGACUCAACAAGGAGAGGAGAUAGUCAGACCGCUGGGUCCAGAAAACUUGCUGCUGCGAGGGGCAAGGUUGAAAAAUACCAAAGAGAUUUUCGGUGUGGCGGUUUACACGGGGAUGGAGUCCAAGAUGGCUCUCAAUUAUAAGUGCAAGUCCCAGAAACGCUCUGCAGUAGAGAAGUCCAUGAAUACCUUCCUAAUCAUCUACCUGGUCAUCUUGCUGUUCGAGGCCGUACUCAGCACCAUCCUGAAGUACGCCUGGCAGGCUGAAGAGAAAUGGGACGAGCCUUUCUACAACCAAAUGACUGAACAAGAGAAAAACAGCAGUCCGAUCUUGAAGUUCAUCUCAGACUUCCUGGCAUUUCUGGUCCUCUAUAACUUCAUCAUCCCAAUUUCGCUCUAUGUUACCGUGGAGAUGCAGAAGUUCAUGGGCUCCUUUUUCAUUGGCUGGGAUUUGGACCUUUACCACGAAGAGACUGACCAGAAAGCUCAGGUCAACACUUCUGACCUCAAUGAGGAGUUGGGACAGGUGGAGUAUGUGUUUACUGAUAAGACGGGUACGCUAACGGAAAAUGAGAUGCAAUUCCGAGAGUGUUCAGUUAACGGAACCAAGUACCGUGAAGUUAACGGCAAACUGAUACCAGAGGGAAUGACCGACGAUUCACCAGAUGGUUCUACGCCUCCACUGAUUGAUGAGGAAUUGUUAUUUCUCAAGGCGGUAUCGUUGUGUCACACGGUUCAGAUCAGCUACGAUCAGCCAGACUGCCUGGCCGGGGGAGGAGAUCCAUUCUCCCAUGCAAACGGUUUCUCUUCCAACCACAUGGAGUACUACGCCUCUUCACCGGACGAGAAAGCUUUGGUAGAGGCGGCUAAGAGAAUUGGAGUGGCCUUCACACUCUGCAGCGGAGAUACCAUGGAAAUCAAAACAUUUGGCAAAUCAGAGAAGUACAAACUUCUCCAUGUAUUAGAGUUUGAUGCCGACCGCAGGAGGAUGAGCGUCAUACUUGAGACUCCCUCAGGGGGCCAAGUGCUGUUUACCAAGGGAGCAGAGUCAGCCAUCUUGCCUUUCACUACCAGUGGUGAGAUAGAAAAGACGAGACUUCACGUUGACGAGUUUGCCUUGAAAGGUUUGCGGACCCUGGUGGUAGCAUGUCGCCACUUCAGCCCGGAGGAGUACAUUGAUGUGGACAGGCGUCUGAACAGUGCUCGCACCGCGCUGCAGCAGAGAGAGGAGAGACUGCAGGAGGCCUUCAGCUACAUAGAGAAAGAUCUGCAUCUCCUGGGAGCAACGGGGGUGGAGGACAAACUCCAAGACAAAGUCCAGGAGACCAUUGAGGCUCUGCGGCUGGCAGGAAUUAAAGUAUGGGUGCUGACGGGGGACAAACAUGAGACCGCGGUCAGUGUCAGCCUGUCCUGUGGUCACUUCCACAGGACCAUGAACAUCCUGGAGCUCCUGCAGCAGCGCUCUGACAACGAGUGUGCCGAGCAGCUCCGCAGACUGGCUAGGAGGAUAAAGGAGGACCAUGUCAUUCAGCAUGGGUUGGUUGUGGAUGGAGCCAGUUUGUCUUUAGCGCUGAGGGAACAUGAGAAGCUCUUUAUGGAAGUGUGUAAAAACUGUUCAGCCGUGCUGUGCUGCCGCAUGGCCCCACUGCAGAAAGCUAAGGUGGUGCGUCUUUUAAAAACAUCUCCAGAGAAACCCAUCACCUUAGCUAUUGGGGACGGAGCCAAUGAUGUCAGUAUGAUACAAGAAGCCCACGUGGGAAUAGGUAUCAUGGGGAAGGAGGGUCGUCAGGCCGUGAGGAACAGUGACUAUGCAAUUGCCAGAUUUAAGUUCCUGGCUAAACUACUGCUCGUCCACGGUCACUUCUACUACAUUCGAAUAUCUACGCUUGUACAGUACUUUUUCUACAAGAAUGUGUGUUUUAUCACGCCCCAGUUUUUAUACCAGUUCUUCUGUCUGUUUUCACAACAAACUCUGUAUGACAGUGUUUAUCUGACACUGUACAACAUCUGCUUCACCUCGCUGCCCAUCCUGGUGUACAGUUUGUUUGAACAGCUGGUCCAUCCACACGUCCUGCAGAAUAAACCGGGCCUGUACAGAGACAUCAGCAAGAACUCUCUGCUGUCUUUCUGGACGUUCCUGUACUGGACUCUGUUGGGCUUCUGUCACGCCUUUGUCUUCUUCUUCGGCUCCUACAUACUGAUGGGAGAAGACACCACACUUAUGGGGAACGGGCAGAUGUUUGGAAACUGGACCUUUGGAACGCUUGUCUUUACUGUCAUGGUCAUCACUGUCACAUUAAAGCUUGCGUUAGAGACUCAUUUCUGGACAUGGAUGAACCAUUUUGUGACGUGGGGCUCGAUUGCCUUCUACUUCAUCUUCUCUCUCUUCUAUGGAGGCAUCAUCUGGCCGUUCCUCCACACCCAAGACAUGUACUUCGUCUUCGUGCAGCUGCUGUCCAGCGGCUCAGCCUGGUUCGCCAUCAUCAUCAUCGUCAUAACUUGCCUGUUUCCUGACAUAGUGAAGAAGGUGUUCUACCGACAUCUGCAGCCCACCAGCACACAGAAGAGUCAGUCUCUACCAGCCUCCCAGGCGCAGACCCUCAGCUGUAUGGAGUCCCUGUGCUGCUACCAACAUGGGCAGAGCGGCUGUUCCCGCCUGGCCCACCUCCUGGAGCAAAUGACCAGGCAGUGCCAGGCCAGCGCCAACCAUUGUCACGCAUCCAGCAACAGAUCUUGGAGCUCCACAGAGAACUUCUACUCCAACGAUCGUAGCAUCCUGACGCUGUCGCCCAUCGAGGCCACCCACUGCUGAAUCCCCGUGGCAGCUGACUGUAACGCACAGAGCUGGGGGGUUGGGGGGAAAGCUGCUACUCUGCUAUGAGUCAUAAUCACAACCCCAGCCCCCUCCCCGUCACCAUUUUAUAAACCUACUUCACAUAAAACUCAAUGCAUUCUCAGCUGGAUGCAAAGCAGGCUUAAAAACAGGAGCAGUCGCUUCGUAUGAAACCAAAGGACUCGGCUCAGUGCUGCGGGGGGUUUACUUUAUCCCUCAGCAAUUUGUGUCCCAGAGUGAAUCAAAUCUUGUUUAAAAAAUGAAAAAGUUAAAAAAAGGACAUCAAGUAAGAGCCGCAACAUGAAGGGAAAUGAAACAUGAAGUGUGGAGCGAGUUAGCGCAGCAUGAAGUCGACAUCUGUGGCGCUGCUCCUGGAGAGAGAUCCACAUCUUUUAGCAUUUAAUAAUCACAUUUCUGCUGCAAGUAUCUGACAACAUCAAAUUUAGUACAUGUGUAAAGAGUCUUUAAUGGUGAAAGAAGACCUGAGAUCAGCUUUGGUACACAAGCUUGCACGCAGCUAUUUAUUUUUCAUUUUCAGAACAGUUGCCAAACUUAUUUUUUUUCUCGCAACUGGAUUUGAAAUAAGUGUAAGUCUUAUAUAUUUGUAGACACAGAAUGCAGAUUCUUGUGUUUCUGGACUUUUUACUGCAUGUCAGGAGUCAGUCCUGCUCAAAGCAUCGCAGCCUGAGGACUGCCACCUUACCUGAGCUGGUUUGGACUCGCAGACUCACCCGAACUGAGGUUGUUUGUAGAAACCAACUACCGAGACUUUCAAUGUAGCAGCAAGACAGAAGCUCAGCAAAGUCAGACCACAUCUCUGAGGUGUUGGCUUGUAGCUGAGACCCUCCAUCAUGUCGCUUCCAUGAACUAUAAUCGUUUCUGCUACAGACCUCCGACUUGCAUCACUCUUAGAGCUGUCAGCCCCCCCGCUGCACCUUCAUUUCUCAUUCAAGAUGGAAAGGGAAAAAAAGCUCAAGCACCCACAGUCCUGUAGCAUCCAGAACCCUGCUGAUCCAGCGGCUCUGCAGAUGUUUUAUCAUUCAGACCUACAGUACUCCCUGAGAUGCUGUAUGUGGAGAUUUAUCUCUACCGUGGUACCAAAGACCAAAAAGGAUUCAGACUGGAGAUUCAAAGAUUUAUUUUUGUGCCUGAUUGUACAGAAGCUUAUAUUGUUGUGUAGACUAUUAUCAUUGUUCGUGCUGCUUACUCGUCUUGACUGUUCAGGCCUCUCUCUCUCUCUCUCUCUCUCUCCCUCUCUCCCCCUCUCUCUCUCUCUCUCUCUUUCUCUAUCUCACUAUCUCUCUCUCUCUCUCUCACUCUUCUCCGUGAUGCAUUGCUCUGAAAGAGGGCCAGACGGGGUCUGUUUAUAAAGCCAUACAUUUUCAAGAAGUUGUAUUAAUAAUAGAUUAUUGAAGGUACUGUAAAUAGAAGCUGUUUGAGCCCGUUGUUACUUUGUUUUCCCCUUGAAUGCCUUUUUUCACUCAGCCGAGUUACCAAAAGCACCUCAGCAUUAAAAGCCAACGAUGCUCAGGGAAUAUUUUGGAGGUAAUGAAAGCUGAAAAAUGGACCUAAUCAGGUUUUAUAACAUCGAACCGAGGUAGAACCCUCCUUCUCAGUUACCUUAAAAUAUUUCCUGUUCAUCCAAUCAGAUAAUGGUACAAUUGUUUUAUUUCAAUAACACACACACACAAAAAAAAAUGGCUUUAAUGGAUGAGAUGCUUUUAUUUUGCAGAUCGCGGUUGAUGCAUGUUGAACCAGACAGCAGAAUGUUUUCUAUCUUUUAGAGAUAAAUAUAUCAGAUUAAUACGGUUCAGCUUCAACAGCAAUGAAAAAGAAAAGCAGAGAGUUUGCACAAGUCACAUAUCAAAAAAAAAAAAAAUCACAGUUGUUUUUUUUGUUUGUUUCUCAAAUCAUUGCUCGUUUGUCACCAUCGAAAUCAUGUGAAUCAUGUUUUUUUUCUGUUUCGUUGUUCUUUUCCAUGUGUGUUUCUAUUUCACCUGUUGAUUAAAUGUGUGAGUGUUGGUGUGUUUUCUCUGUACGGCAGCCAUGUUGGUUAACGGCGGUACAGUGUUGUAGUUUUGUUGCCCGCAGGUCAAAGUUUUUUCUCUUUAAUAAUACUCACUCAGUUACGCCCCCCUCCCC